AAUUUGUUGGUGAUGGUGAGUGUGAGUGCGAGCUCAUAAUGUUUUCCUUUGUGAUUUUGAUUAGUGAUGAUUGAAGCAAUUACUUUGAAAUGAAAUUGCCUUGAUGAAUUUUUAUUAGAUUUGGAUCUCUUCUUUUUCAUCACCAUGUCAGGAGUUUAUCCAAAUCAUAAUGGUGAAAUAGUGUAUUUAAAUGUAGGAGGCACAAGAUUCUCCACUUCACGACAAACUUUGAUGUGGAUACCGGACUCAUUUUUCACAGCUCUAUUAAGUGGGCGAAUUGCGAGUCUCAAAGAUGAAACUGGUGCAAUCUUCAUAGAUCGAGAUCCAAGACUGUUUGCGAUUAUAUUAAAUUAUUUACGAACCCGUGACAUUGAUUUGAAAAAUGUAGAAAUCAGAUCUCUGAGGCAUGAAGCAGAAUACUAUGGGAUUGUGCCUCUAGUCAAAAGACUCAUUUUGUGUGAAGAUCUAAAUCAGUCUUCCUGUGGAGAUGUCUUCUUCUAUGGCUAUCUUCCACCACCCAUAGCGCCCGUACACGAACCGGUGAGCGCCGGAACGGGAACUGGAGAGGACAGUCCGGCCCGGACCGGUCCGUCACGCGCCGGCACAGACAGCAGCAGCCAAUCAGCAGCAAGCCACGCCUCCUACCUGCCAACGCCACACACGCACGCGCGUACCCCACACACGCACUCGCGCAAUUCAUCACUGGACAUGCGCAUUGCGUCCACACGCAGUGCAAGCCAGGGCAGUGGCCCAGCCAGGGGCUGUCACUCCCGCACGACCUCUCUCGACCUCAGGCACACUCGCAACUCGUCCGCCGAUCUCAACAAGCUCAUCAGAAACGAUUUGGGGCUCGUGUUUGGAGGUAACCAAAGUAAUAACUGGGCGGACCCCCUCAGAGUACAGAUUAUCAAAGCACAUCACCAUUGGAUAGUUGUUGCCUAUGCACAUUUUGUUGUCUGCUACAGGCUGAAAGAUUCGACUGGCUGGCAGCAUGUGUUCACAUCCCCUCACAUAGAAAGCUGCAUUGAGAGAGUCGCAGUCAACUCCAAGCUUGUUCAAAAUGGUGUCAAUGAAGUGUCAAAAAUGGUAGCUAUCUCAUAUGCUAGUCAUAUACGCUUAUGGGGUCUGACAGAGCUGGGAUCUCGAACCAACAUAGGAACAUUCAAUCUGAAUGUGCGAGUGGAAUGCUUAUUGUUCAUUGGCAGCCAAUUAGUGGCGCUGUCACCGACCGGCAAAAUAGGCGUUUGGCAUUCAAUGACUCACAACUGGCAGAUACAGGACGUGCUUCCCAUCUCAUCGUUCGACACGGCUGGUUCCUUCCUCUUGCUUGGCUGCAAUAACGGAUCCAUCUACUACAUCGAUAUGCAGAAGUUUCCGUUGCGUAUGAAAGACAAUGAUCUACUAGUCACCGAAUUGUACAGAGAUCCUUCUCACGACCCCAUCACAGCUAUCUCUGUCUACCUUACGCCUAAAACCACUGCUUGUGGCAAUUGGAUUGAAAUAGCUUAUGGAACGAGCUCGGGUACAGUAAGGGUCAUAGUGCAGCAUCCAGAAACCGUUGGAAAUGGACCGCAGCUAUUCCAGACCUUCACUGUACAUCAGAGUCCCGUUACAAAAGUUUGUUGUCAUUUGAUAAAUUUCUGUAGAUGGUAAUCUGUGUUUUAUGGUAGAGCUUCUCAGGCGUCCAAUUAAUUGAUAUUUAUUCGCUGUAGUACUUACUGAAUUUGAUACUAUUAAAUUGGUGUUCCAGGGCCGUUUGGUGAGCAAGAUGACGAACAAGUGUUCGUCCAAAAAGUUGUACCAGAAACACCGGAACUAUUUGUCAGACUAGCAUCCAAUGGAAAGAGGGUGUGCGUGAUUCGUGCAGUGGAUGGCUCGACAAUAACAUCGUUCUGUGUGCACGAGUGCGAGGGCUCGACUAGGAUGGGUUCAAGGCCGAGGCGGUUCAUCUUCACUGGCCACAGCAACGGCGCUCUGCAGAUGUGGGACUUGACCACUGCGCUUGCGCUCUUCAAGAAAGCCGAACCUGCAGUGCAAUCGAAUGGAGGUCCAACGGCCGAAGAGCUGCUGAAGUUGUUGGACCAAUGCGACCUGAGCAACAGUCACUGUUCCACGCCGUGCAUCUCGCCGUGUCCGCAGCUGAUUGGCUCCGCGUCGCGCAUCAAGGCAUCCAACGUAGCAUUCCUCAACCAGUCGCACAACCAAGACCAUGCUGGAACCCCGUGCUGAUUUUCCCCUACAGCUGAUAGCAAAAGUAAAUUCAAAUCCAGACAACAAUAAUUUUUAGGAACUGCAAUAGGAUGCAAAAAUACGGCUGCAACAAACGAGUUGAACUUCAAUCAAGGAUAAGCGCAAUGGUUAAGUGGUAGAAUGGAUAUUUUUGUCCUAACUUCGCCACACCAUUAAAAAAACUCUUAUUCUAUUGAAAUAGGUUCGAUUUACUGAUUUAGAUAUACUGUAGUUGAUCCCAAUUUGUUUAACCCCAGAGAAUCGUAAAUAGUAUUAAAUUUCUACAAUGUAUGUCAUUUGUCAAUUUUCUCAAAAAUACUUUUAUACUCGUUAUUAUUGGUAACUAUUCUUUCCCAUUUCAUAAUGGAUGUUGGAUUUUUUCAGAUUUUGAAAAUUAUUUAACAAUGUUAAAGUUAUUCAGACAAAGUUGGUAACAAAUAGUCUGUGGUCAUUAAAAGCACCUAUAAAUCUGUUGAAACAAAUGUAUCUUUCACCUCAAGGAAAAUCUUCUUUCUAGCGAUUUCGUAAACAGUAAUUAUUUUUGUUUGAAACUAAAAUAAAUUGAAAAAGUGUACUGUGGAACUGAUUUAUAAGUUUGGUCAAAGUCACCAAGUAAACGAAAUGAGGUAUUUUGUAACUUUUAUUUAAUUUUUUAUCCAGAGUAUAAUACUUUAAUGCUAAUUUCAAGAUAGAUCUAUUGUCCUUGAAAACGCAGGGAACUAUUAACAGUCAAUAUUUAUCUCAUGUGAUUAUGAAUGAUUAUCAUUCUUCAUUAGUUUUUCUUUUUUAAUAGAGAUUAGUAGCCUAUAUAAAUAAUAUCAUUGUAAUCUAAAAUCAUGUAUGACGUAUUGUAUGACCUGCUCUUAUUCACACCAAUAGAAUUAUUUGCUCUUUCGCAUUGUAUAUUCAUAUCAAAUAAUGAUUGUUAGUAUAUAGAUGAUUUGGCAGAUAUUGUUAACACGAAAUAAAAUAUGUAUAUUCUGUAAGUAGAAAAUAUUAUUGUUUUGAUAUAUGUUUUUAUGAAAUGGAUUUAUAGGAAGAUGAAAUAAAUAAACUGAGACUGUUUAUUUAGUUGUUGAUUACAA